CCCGGUCGACGUCUCCUCGUGAUAUGUACCACGUCGAUGCGAGGCACUGUAUCUCGGAAAAGAGCUCUAAGUCGUCGUCGCCGUCGUUUGCCGAGUUGCGAGCGCGUCACCGAGACGAUCCGCGUUUUUCACCUGAGAUUAGCCGCGGGGAACUUUGCCAAAGUUUCGCGAUCGUGACGACGCGAUCGCGCUGAUCAUGAUGAUUUUGGCGCGUGCAAUGUCUGAAAAGUUCACUACAUUCGCACGGGAACUGUCCUCCGAAGCGGAGUUUUUCAAUUAAAUGACCAUCAUCGCGUCGCCUCAGAAUUACAACCGCGUCCGCGAAGACGUCGCGCCUCAGACUGCAGGGACUCACGAUCGAAAACACACGUGGUAGCGUUAGUUAGAUUCAACUUGCUGAGAAUUGAAGUAUGUUCACGCUGAAUAUCGAUGGUAUCAAAGUGACGAUGAAGAAUUCGAGUUAUCAGUUUGUUCGGCAAGAAUGAUGCGUCAAAAACUUUCGCGCGAUUUAAUCUUCCGUUUUAACCACAAAAUUCGAGACUCGAGGCAAACAUUCUUCGAGCCUCGGAUUCCUGAUCAAACGAGAAAUGGAAGAGACGGAAGAAAGGGAGCUACGACGACGACGACGAAGACGGCGACGACGAUGAUGAUGAUGAUGAGGACGAGGACGAGACACCGUGUGACACCUUAAAGUCAGAGAAAGGGAAAUCCGGAUAAUGGCAGCCUCUCGCAUGGAGUCUGAAGUUGGCGAGUGCCGAGUGAUGUCUGCGACAGCUGCGGAAUUAUCGAGAUCUCCGAACGAAGCUCGCGAAGUCGUCCAAUCGUGGACCGAGCAUAAUCACCGCGCCGAUUACGCUGAUGAGCCUCUCAACCGGUCAAGGAUUCGCGAUUGUGAUUGUCCAUCGAAGUAUUCGGAUAAUGGCCACGACUCCAUCAACCAUGAUAUGCAAGACGGCGAGCAGCGCUCGCAGCAGGAAGAGGAGUUAUUUCCCGAGGAGGGAAUUCGCAUAGCUGAUAGGACGUCGAACCUCAACGGGGAUACAAGUCGCGAUAAAGCGAACGGCGAUGUCGGCAACGAUACCGUCAGCGAGAGUGAAAUACUUGCGAGCGACGAGGGUCUCGGUGACCCGAAAGGUAAGCUUGAAGCUAUCCGCGCGUCUUCGCCAAGCAUCGAGGUCGAAAGAAAGCGAAAACUGCCUAAUAAUUGUAAUCGUGCGAGAAAAGUCAGCUACGAGAAUGAAAAGCACGUCGACCAUGAGAAGCACGCUAUUCGCGGAAUAAAAAUCGCGACGUCGUCGACGAACAAACGCAUGAACAACGCAUUCGAAUCGGCUCACUCCUCCCACGGUACCGAUAAAAUGAUCGGCGAGCGCGAGCACAGCCGGAAUAUCGAAAGUCAUAAAGAUGGCUCCGACAAGGACAAGGCAGGUCUGCCGAUGGAAAUCAGUUCCCCGCGAAGACGCGCGUAUCCUCACGGGGACGAUGUCGUCGUAUCCGCCGUCACGCCGAGCGCAGACUCACCUCGAGCUGGUGAUCUCUGGUGCGAAGCAGUGACUCGUAAGGUCGUUCACUCCGCCGAAGACAGAAGCCGCGCGCGAUCGCCCGGAAAAACGCGACGUUUCGCGGCCGCGAAGAAUGCCGUCGUGGAACGACGGGAGCCGGGAGACGAUCGCGGGACGACGGAUGUCGUCGUCGUCGCCACCGCCACCGCCGCCGCCGUCGCCAAGGAGAAGCGGCAGAGUAAUGCGGAAAAGUGCGAGAAUUGCGGGGAACUGCAUUUCUCCUACAGCCGAUACUCCCAUGUAUGGAAGUAUACCGGCUACGUGAAUCGCGAAGCAAACGCAGUCUCCGACGAGGGGCAACGUGGCGACGUGGCCCUCAAGAUCGCCACCGAUCGAGCAAUCGACUCGAGGCUGCCAGAGACGCCGGUCACCACCGCCGCCGCGGUUCUUUAUCGCAGCCGAUCGUUGCCGCGAUUGUCGGUCCACGAUAGUGGAGUCGCCUGCAGCGAUCAUGCACCGGCACCAGGACAAACGAACGCCGCGUCCCGCCAAUUGGUCGCGGAACUCAGGCAAUUGCUCACGCUGAAACAACACUACUACCCGGAGGGUGGCUGGGGCUGGGUGGUCCUCCUCGUGGGCUUGCUCGUGCAAAUUCUGUCGCACGGCGCGCACGGGGCAGUCGGGGUCUUUCUUCAGCAAGUGGCGGCCAAGUUCGGCCCCCACGUGCACCUGCAGGCAGGAUGGCUGGGGGCAAUGUCGACGGGUGUCGCCUUACUGGUGUCGCCGGUGACGAUAGCGUUCUGCCGAAGAAAAAGCACCAGAGUCACGGCGGUUUUGGGCGGCCUCGUCACCGCGCUCGGCUGCCUCUUCACUUCCUUCGCCUCGCAAUUUCAUCAAUUGUUCUUUAGCUACGGUACCGUGGUCGGGAUAGGGGUUGGAAUGACGAGGGACUGCAGCACGUUGAUGGUAGCCCAAUAUUUCAAGAGGAAGAGGGAGCUCGUUGAAAUCUUCAUCGUGUCGGGCAGCGGCUUAGGCAUAGCGGUUAUGUCCGCCUUUAUAAAGGGAGCGAUUAGUAAAAUCGGAUGGCGACUCGGUCUUCAAGCUGUCACGGGGGUGGUUUUCCUCACCUUCAUCCUCGGCACUUUUUACCGCAGCGCCUCGUUGUAUCAUCCCCAACGGCGGGCAAUUUUGCACUUAAAGAAUCAGAAACGCAAGAUAAAGGAUAAAAACAAGACCGACGAUAGACCGCCGUUUUUCGACUUCAGCACUCUAAAGAGCAAAACAGUGAGGAUCUUAUUGGUGUCUACCGGGAUCUCGGCGUUCGGGAUAAACACACCGAUAUUUUAUCUGGCGCAUCAAGCCGAGGAGGAGGGUCUCGGUGACACGGUUGUCCUACUACAAGCUUAUCUCGGGCUAGCUUGGACUCUCGGCUGCGUCGCAUUUGGACUUUUGGUCGUUCAUCGCAGCGUCGAAUGCAGGAUAGCCCGCCAAUAUCUCACGCAAGCCGCUGUCUUCGUAUGCGGACUCUGCAUUCUCGCUCUCACCGCAGUUCAAGGAAAUUAUCACGGAUACGUGAUGUUUGCGUGGAUUUACGGCAUCUUCUGUGGCGGCUAUCAUUACAGCUUGAAAAUGUACACGUACGAGAGGGUGAGGGCCCGGAACUUCGCUAGAACAUGGGGUUUCGUUCAAUGUUCCCAAGCGAUACCGAUCGCAAUCGGGGUGCCGAUAUCAGGAUAUAUAAACGUUGGUUGUGGUGGCAAGGCCGGAUACUACUUCAGCUCGACGUGUGUCUUAGUCGGUAGUUUCACUCUCUUCUUCAUCGAUUUGCAUAGAAGAAAUUUGUCCAAGCAUAAGCACACCAGAGCGAACGGUACGAAGCACCUGUGCGCCUCAGACAACUGUCCUCAACGACGACGAGCGUCGUUCAGUCAGGAGCCCGAGAACGAAGGGCCUCACGUAGCCGCCGCUGGAGCGGCUGGAGCGACGGCAGCAGCCCUUGUUCUAGGUGCCGACAUCGCUCCGGCACAAGGUGAGGCGAUAGACGUCCUAGGGACCGACAAACCAGAACUCACUUGCAUCUCGGAAGAGGGUAUCGCCGACAUGGAUUUACCCGACAAUCUGUUUGAAGAUCUCGAGUAUGUGGGCGACUGUAUAACCUCGUGCAACAAGGUCGAAAACUACCUCAUGCUCUCGGAAUUCGAGAACAACCUGAUCGCCGAGAUGCCGAUGAUUAUGGAUCGCCGCGGACGCAGAUGGUCCUUGGCGCGUUCCAAAACCGGUCAACCGCUCGCCAACUGCGCCCAGACGAGCAGCGCGCAGUCGACGAACGACGAGGAAGAGAUCAAGUCGAAGUGGCGUCUCACGAACGUCGCGCCGUCAAACGCAAAUAGCAGAAUGAUUACCGUCAUCGACGAGGCUAGCACCUAAUCUCGAACACGAACGAGGCGGUGUCGUUAAUCCUAAACUUGACAAGAUUCAGGAAGUAAAUCUCGGAUAAUAUAAUGACAGGUGUGAGAGAAAUAGAAAUGGAAUUUUUCAAAAACAAGAGAAAAAGAAAGGAAAAUAUAAAAAACAUAAAAAAUAUAAAAACAUAAAACUUUCAACGUAUUUUUAACAAAAUUUUUCUCGAAUGCAUUGUUUAUACAAAGCAAAAACUAAAAAAAUAUGAUAAUAAAAUAAAAAAAAAGAAAUAUAUACACGUGUAAUUCACACACGAAUAUUAAAAAUUUAUAAACAUAUUUUAAUAGUAAAGAAAGUUAAAUGUCUAAAUGAUAAAGAGCAAAAUUGUAUCUUACGAAUACAAGUUACCAAGUGUAGGGUUAAAAAAAAAACCCGCGAGACCUACUUUCUCGUUUAUUACGAAGAAUAGUGUUAAAUGUUUUUGUCUACGUUAAAAAUCGAUAAAACACAGAUAACCGUAACAUAAAAAUUUUUCGGGUCAAGACUUUUUAAUCUUGUAAUUUUAAUUUUAUAAAAGAGGAAUUAGGACAAAAGUAUGAAGAAAGUCACGAGAUAUGAGAAAUACUGACUGAGUUACUCCAUUAUAAUCUGUCAAUAUUUCAUAAAUAGAUUGUUAUAUCCCUCUCUGUCGACUUAAGUACUCGCAGAAAUUAAGUUAGUCAUAGUCAGUGGAUACAGUGACACGAUACCCUGGACAUAGUGUAGGUCAGUUCCUUGAGAAUGUAAUGAGACAAGUGAGACGCGAUCACUCUACUCGCGAUGCAAUUAAGGACAAUAACGUCGGCUUUCGACGAGAGGAACCACGGAAAUGCUCCGUCCACACAAAAUCAACCUUGACUCGCGUCGGCGUAUCGCUUUGUGUAAGCUUCUUGCUAAUUUACUGUCCGAAUUAUAAAGUAACUCAUCGUUACCAUAUAGUUAACUCGCAAAUGGCAUUGCAACUUACGCCUUAAGAUACUUGAGAAAAUAAAUUUUGAAAAAGAAAUCCCGUGGGGGUUACGUGAACGAAAUGGUAAGCUCAGACACUUGGUACAAAUGUUGCGAUUUACGCGAAGAUUAUUGAGCGACUAAUAAAGUCGUAGCAAAAGUAACAUUGUAGCAAAACGGCAAACUAUACCUAUUGAAUUAAAGAGAAUGCAACAGAGACACAUUUUAUCAAAAACUUUUCAUUUGAACUGAUUUUUAUGAAUGUCCAAAAUGUCAAUGUAUGUUUUGCUACGACUGAAAAUAAGAACUGGCAGUGGAAAGAUAAAAAGUAACGCUUGUACGUAGACACGCUAGCUUAAGAUUCGAAAACUAGUCCGAUCGCGAUUUAGAGGCGGCAGUACGUCGUGAAAACACGACCAUAUAUACGUAUAUAUAUUGUCUAUAACGAUUUUUCGGAACUCGGUCUACGAAAAGGCGCAGCGAUCGACUCCACGUUAAUAAUACGUAAUAUAAACUAUUUAUUUGCUCCGUUUUUUAUCGUACUAUUUAUAUUUGAGUGUAAAUACUCCAUACUGCUGCCGUGUAUAUAUACUCACGCAAAGGUACACCACCGUCGGCGUAGAUUGUUCUAAUGUUAAUAACGUUAAUAACAUUAAUCGCGUCUUUCACAACUUAACGUUGCAAGAUGAUCUAUAUCCGGAUAAAUUAUACCUUUCUUAAAACAAUAUUGCCUCAUAAAAAUAAUCGACACUCAAAAUAUAUUAUUGUGUGCGUGUGUAUAUGUGUGUAUGUAAGGCGUGCAUUCUUUUAUAAUUAUUUAUACAAUUAAUAUACAAAAAUUGAAGAAAGAUACUAAAGAAAACUGCCAUUUAAAGUACUCGAAACUCACGCGAAAAGAAAAUCGCAUAUCCAAUUUGGAUAAUAAUUUUUUUUCAGAAAACUCUCCUCUCUAAAAUGUAAUUAUAUUAUUAUAUUUUAAAAUAUGUAAUAGAAAGAAGAAAAUUAAUCCACCGUUUACCAAUUUCUUUCCUAGUGUGUGUCGAAUCGCUAAAUAUACCAUAGAGACAAAAACUGCCGAAUAUAUUGUAUUGUCGUAAUGUUAUUGAUAUAAAAACGUGAUUCAAAUACAUGAA